AAAGGAACAACGGGCCGCACGCUCAUGGACGAGGAGGUCCUUAACUUUCCGUGAUUAUUUUUCCCUUCCCUCCCAAUCCCUCAGUUGUGUAUUAAAAAAUUAAUUUCUUGGUCGGUUCCUCUUCUUUAUUCGCUCUCAGAACCUACCAAGAAGCAGACUUCUCCAUUCUUGAUCCCUCUCCUUCACGCUUGUUUCUCGUCUCAUCGCUUUCUUCUUUUCUUCUCUUCCGAUGGCUUCUACGCUACCCAUCUACCAGUCCCACGGCUUGACCUCCAGCGGUAGGUUGCGCCAACCCAAGCCCUUCGUCUCCCUCCGCCCCCGGAGCCCCAUUUUCCACUCCUGGGCCCUCCGCCGCCCCCAUUUCGGCCCCGGCGGGUUGUCACUGAGGAGCCCGAGCCCUUUCGUGGUCCUCGCGGCUACGACGGUGGAGAUGCCCAGGAAGAAGCGGUCCUCCUCCGCCGAGAUGGGGUUCGUGGAGGAGAUGCGGGCCGUCGCCAUGAAGCUGCACAUCCGGGACCAGGCCAAGGAAGGGGAGAAGGAGCCCGACGCCCCCCCGGUCGCCAAGUGGGAGCCUUCCCUUCACGGUUACCUCAGGUUCCUCGUCGACAGCAAGCUCGUCUACGACACCCUCGAGACCAUCGUCCACAAGGCUUCCUACCCCUGGUAUGCCGAGUUCAGGAAUACAGGAUUAGAAAGGUCAGAGAAAUUGGCGAAGGAUUUAGAAUGGUUCGAGGAACAGGGUCAUAUCAUUCCUGAACCAUCUUCUCCUGGGAUUUCUUAUGCUCAUUAUCUGGAAGAGCUAUCAAAAAAAAAUCCUCAGGCAUUCAUCUGCCACUUCUACAACGUAUAUUUUGCUCAUACUGCUGGUGGUCGAAUGAUUGGCAAAAAGGUGGCUGAGAAGAUCUUGAACAAGAAGGAACUGGAAUUCUACAAGUGGGAUGGCGAUCUUUCGCAACUGCUGCAGGAUGUGAGAGAUAAGCUUAACCAAGUUGCUUCUAGCUGGUCUAGAGAAGAGAAGAAGCAAUGCUUGGAGGAGACCCAAAAAUCAUUCAAAUAUUCGGGAGAGUUACUCCGUUUAAUAUUGUCCUGACAAGCUCAAAUUCCUAUUUAUCUUGUCAACUGUAAAUAUUGUUUCGGCAGAAGACUUGCAAGGGAAAGGACUUAUCAGGUUUCUUUGUUCCUUUUCAUUUGCUCCUGUAAUCCAGGGCACUAGUCCCAUUCAGAUGUAUCUUGAAUAAAUUUGUCAAACAUGGAACAAAAGAAAAAAAUUGCUCAUCGAUAUGGAAGGUAAAAUAACUAACGUGUAGAAGAUGAUUAUCUUCGAUGA